AUGAACGGCGUUCUCGAACUCGCUUUUUUUAUGUUGCUCAUCGCCCAAGCACAAUUCAAAGGCUACAGCAGCUACAACAGAUACGGCUAUCCAUAUUAUGAUUACUCACAUUACUAUCCGUAUGGCGGUUUUGUAGGCUCUUCUGGAGGAGAUGGGUUUUGGGACAGACUUUUGAAAGGAGCGGCUACUGGAGGUUUGCUAGGAUUCCUUCUUGGGAAGAAGUAG